CGCGACCGCCGCGCCUCAGUCCGCUACCACGCGCCGCCAGGAAUACACGUUCGUACGGCUAUACGCCGCAACUACACGCGCGCGUUUCGAAUACCGGUUCGCAAGUGACCACUUUGUGAGUGACUCCUAGUGAAACUCAGUGUACAGUGCUGUGAUGGAUUGCGAAUCCCGUGUUUGCUGACCGACGGCCUAGGCCGGCCUGCGAUACAUGCUCCGGCGCCGCUGGCCCGGUCGCGCCAGUAUGCGCGCCCCUGCGGUGCUGCUCGCCCUGCUAGGGUUUCUACCCCAGGUGCUGACGUCUGGUUUCUUCGAACUUAGGAUAAAAAGUUUUACUAACCCGUUGGGUAGGUUAAGUAGUGGCCAGUGCUGUGAUGGUUCCUCAAGUAGUAGUGAUGCGCCUUGCCUGGCGCCGUGCAGGACUAAAUUCCGCGUGUGCCUCAAGAUUUACCAAGCGAAUAUCGAUACGACAUCACCGUGUACCUUCGGUGAUAUCACGACCCCAGUGCUAGGAGGAAACUCUUUGGAUGUGCCCAACCUUAAUGUGAAAGGAUUCACCAAUCCCAUCGUGUUCCCGUUCGACUUUACGUGGCCGGGCACUUUCUCGCUCAUAGUCGAAGCGUGGCACGACACCAACGAGACGUCGAGAUCUGACGACACACUAAUCGCCCGCAUGACGAAGCAGAGCAUCGCCGACGUGGGGGGCCCUUGGGUAGAGGAGGAGCAGCGCUGGAGCUCAGGCCCGCACCUGCGGCUGUCGUACCGGGUGACCUGCGCGGAGCACUACUACGGCUCGGGCUGCGAGGUGCUUUGCCGGCCGCGAGACGACGGCUUCGGCCACUAUAGCUGCUCUUCCAGCGGCGCCAUCGUCUGCCUCGCUGGCUGGCAGGGGGAAUAUUGCCAGAAACCGCGCUGCCUGCCCGGCUGCGACACGGACCACGGCCACUGCCUCAAGCCCGACGAGUGCAUUUGCCACUCGGGCUGGGUGGGCGAGCUGUGCGACCAGUGCGAGCGGCACCCGGGCUGCGUGCACGGCACCUGCUCCAAGCCCUGGGGCUGCGACUGCGAAGAGGGCUGGGGCGGCCUGUUCUGCAACCAAGACCUCAACUACUGCACCAAUCACCGACCGUGCCGCAACGGCGGCACGUGCCACAACACCGGCCAGGGCAGCUACACCUGCGCUUGCCCGCCCGAGUACACCGGCCCCGAUUGCGAGAAGUCUCUGCACUCGUGCGCCGUGCGACCGUGCCUCAACGGCGGGGCCUGCGUGCCAGAUGAGGGCGGCGAAUUGGCCUGUGCUUGCCCGGCAGGUUAUGAGGGCGCGCGCUGCGAAACUCGCCGACUGACCUGCGCCGACCGACCGUGCCGACACGGCGGCACCUGCGAGCCCCGCGUCACUGGCUACACCUGCCUGUGCCCGCCCGGCUACGCCGGCGCCGACUGCGACCUAGAGGCCGACCCGUGCGCUGCGGCGCCAUGCCGCAACGGGGCCACCUGCACGCGCGCCGGUGACGGCUUUCGCUGCUCCUGCCGCGCCGGCUUCCGCGGCAACCGUUGCGAGAUCGACAUCGACGACUGUGCGGGCGUCACCUGCGAGCACGGCGGCACCUGUGUGGACUUAAUAGACGGUCAACGCUGCCAAUGCGCCCCCGGAUUUUUAGGCCCACGCUGUGAAACUCGAGUCGACCUAUGCUUAGCCAAACCUUGCGCGAAUGGCGGGGAAUGCCUGGUACUAGACAAUGAUUACGAAUGCCGGUGCCGGCCCGGCUUUGCCGGAAAAGACUGCAGUGUAGACGUAGACGAGUGCGAGUCAUCACCGUGCCGGAACGGGGGCACCUGCCGCGACCGCGUAGAUGGAUUCCUCUGCUCGUGCGCGCCCGGCUGGAGCGGUCGCGCCUGCACCGUCUCCCUGGCAGAUUUAGUGGCGGGCGUAAACAUGCCGCGAGUCGGCGGAGAAACUCCAGAACAAGACACGCUAUCGGGGCGGCACGUGGCUCUGAUCGCGGCGCUAUCGGCGGCAGUGCCGGCGGCGGCGCUGGCGGCGGCGGUGGCCGUGGCGUGCAUACGAAGGAGACGCAAGCGCGCGCAGCACGCUGCGGACGCGGAGGCGCGCGCGCAGAACGCCGCGAACGCGGGCGGCGGCGGGCGCGUGAUCCGCAACACGUGGGGCAAGUGCGACGUGCCGGCGCCCGAGUGCCAGAACGCGCACAACGCGGCGGCGGAGGAGUGCAAGCGCAAGACGCUCAACACGGAGAGCGCGGCGCGGCUGCUGGCCGCGCUAGACCCGCGCCUCUCGCGGCUGUCGCAGGACUCCGCGUAUUGCGCCAAUAGUGAUACAUCGCUAGUGAAGCGGGCGCUAGAAGGCGGAGGGGUGUACGUCCUGGACGACCAUUGCCUACCGCCGACCUUCGCGACGCAAGUGUAGUGCAGACAUUAACUUAUUUAUUGGACGCUAACGCGAACUUGGCUGUGCGCCGCGUGUAUAUAUAGCGUAAAGUGUAAAGUGACAUCUGUAUAAACGGCUAGAUUAAGUUCCGAUGUAUUUAUUUGUGCGAUCCGUGAGCCCCUGUAAAUAGUAACGGCGGAGCGGAUCGUUUUUCCGCCUCAUAUCGUCGCGCGUCGCCCGAAACGCGCUUUCAGAUCUUUUGACUAGUAGAUGACAGUGAAAGAUUGUAGGGUGCAGACUUGCCUGUCCGGUGUCCACUCGCCUGUCAACGGUGACCGGUGGAGGCGGCGCUGAGGCCGGCAAGGUUGCGCCUCGCGCGGUGCGGGCGAGGACCGCGCGCGGCGAGAGGCCGGGUGGCGUGGUCCACCGUCUGCGAUCUCUGUAGGUAACCGGUGCCAAGCGCGCUCGGGCAGUGUCGGUCCACUGCGCGACCGCGCCGCUCCAGAAACGAUACUGAUUCCUAAAUUAACCCUAUUUAUUCAUGUCACUAUCACAUUAACGCUUUUGACGUUAACGCGCACGUGUUUAAAGACCACUAAGGUAGGCUGUGAACUUUUCACGUUGCUGCCAAAUUAUGCUCUCCGUAUCGCUUCUCCGAGCUUCUCACCAUUUCUAAACUGUCCCUCUCUAGACUCGCACCAGUAUAGAAGCCAAAACGUGCGUAUAAUAAGAUUUUAGACUAAUUUAUAAAAAAAAUACGCGAAUCACGCGUUAAUCAGUUUUAUACAUAUAUUAUUUUGUGAUUGACUAAUUAUUGUCAUAUGUUCCUAUAAUUAUGAUGAUUGAUAGUUAUUUCCGAUUUAAAAAAUCUUGUUCCGGUUUUCUUUAAAAUCGUCAUAGAUUUUUUUCACGUUGUUUCGCUUCCUAGCUGAAGUAGGUACAGUAAGCACGAGCCCGUGCCUGGGGACGUUCGCGCCGCGCCGCCUCGCCGGAGGCCGCGCGAUCGCCCCCAGCCGGACACAACCGAUGCCAACAAACAAACAAACAUCACGCACGUAAUUAGUCCAUAGGCUAAAAUAACUUGAGUACUUAUAAGAACAAAAUGUCGAAACCUAAGUCAUUGUGUAUAAAAAUUAUUAAGUUUUAGUAAUUUAAGUAUAUUCUCCAUUACUUUUGUAAGAGUACUGUGACAAUAUGGUGGUGAUCAGGCAACAUAGGACGCUGGGUCCGGCUAUUUAUUGGCUCGGCGCGCCGCCGCGCGCCACCGCGGGCUGCUGCGCGCCGACCCCACUAUAAGUAAUUAUGUAUUUUAUGAAAUUUUAUCACACUCAAUUAAGUACCAUUUCUCGAGCAGAUCUAGAUAUUAUUUGGUAAGUAGAUUUUACCUCUUAUGUUGCCUUUUCGACUCGAAUGUAGAUUUAAAAGGUUAGAUCGACAAAAUUGUAAAAUUUAUAUCAAACUAUGAAUAGACUGAUGAUCAAUAAUAAUGUUCUUGUAUUUAAUUUUGUAAGAUGACAAAAUGUAAGUUUAAAUUAUGUGAAAAUAGAACAUAUUACCCGAACAAUUGUACUAAAAUAGUAUCAUAAUUUUGUACUUAAAAUUGAGCAUGGUAAAAUGUCACUUUCAUUUUUCUUUUUGAUGAUAUUUUAAUAAUAAUGUUUCAGACCAAUAAAAUAACAGUAUUUUUUAAUUAUUAUUUAUUACUAUUUACGAUUAUUGUGGAUUUGCUUAAAUUUUAUUAGACAUCUUAUUUAAUAAUUAUUUUUGAACACGUUUACAAUUGACUGAAGAUAAAUUUGCUUCUUGAUUUAUAUUUUGGACUUAGUUUUUAUCGGGAAGAUAUUUAUAAAAUUAAAGUUUGUGAGUAUACUGAAAGAUAAAAAUAUUAAAUCAUUCCAUUUCUUAUUUAAGUAGCUUUAUCUUUUUGAUGUCUUGUUGUAAUUUCGCUAUUUUCUUAGGCUGUUUAUUUUGCAUGUGAACUUAGUGAUACCAUCUUAAUGUUUAGUCCCAGGUGGACAAUUCCUUCUUUAUUCCUAUCUUACCUUUGAGUAUAUUCACAUGGCGCAAUUCUGAAAGAAAAAUGAAAGCAGGCCUUGCUUUAGGACAUAAAUUAAUUCCAUAAAUAGAUCCUAUCAGAAUAAAAGUCAUUAUAUUGCUACUACGGUGAUAAAUUUGCCAGCGAGUGUUUGCGAUGAAUGUGUAUAUGUGCAGUGAUACAAUGAGAAAUAAAAUGUUAAUAAACAAUUGUUUACAAAAGAUUAAAA